UGGGGUGGGCCCGCGCACUAGCGUAGAUGGUGAUCCGCGACAGCUCAACCUUUUUGCACUGAGCGAAGAACGUCCACUCCCCCCGUCACCACCCCGCCAGUCACCUCCCGCCGGCGCCAACAUGCUUUCCAGGUCCAUCAGGAGGAGCAUUGCCUCGCCGCUCCGCCAGCGCUUCGUCGCCCCCGCCACGCGCCCGGCCUUCAGCAGAUUCGUGACCACCGAUGCCGCUUCGUCGCACGCCGAGCGGGACCAGGUCCCCGAGGCGGACGACCAGCCCUUCGAGGUCCGCCUCUCCGAUGAGGCCUUCGAGACCUACGAGCUCGACCCCCCGCCGUACACACUCGAGACAACCAAGAAGGAGCUGAAGCAGAUCUACUACGACAUGGUUGCAGUCCGCCGCAUGGAGAUGGCCGCCGACAGGCUGUACAAGGAGAAGAAGAUCCGCGGUUUCUGCCAUCUUUCCGUCGGUCAGGAGGCCGUUGCCGUCGGUAUUGAGCACGCUAUCGAGCGCGCCGACCACCUCAUCACCGCCUACCGCUGCCACGGCUUCGCGCUGAUGCGCGGAGGAACUGUCAAGAGCAUCAUCGGUGAGCUGCUUGGCAGGCGGGAGGGUAUCGCCUACGGAAAGGGCGGUUCUAUGCACAUGUUUUCCCCCGGUUUCUACGGAGGAAACGGUAUCGUCGGUGCCCAGGUCCCUGUCGGCGCUGGUAUUGCUUUCGCCCAGCAGUACGAGAACAAGAAGCAGGUCACCCUCGCCCUCUACGGUGACGGUGCCUCCAACCAGGGUCAGGUCUUCGAGGCCUACAACAUGGCCAGCCUGUGGAAGCUCCCCAUCAUCUUCGGUUGCGAGAACAACAAGUACGGUAUGGGUACCGCUGCCAACCGCUCGUCUGCCAUCACCGACUACUACAAGCGCGGACAGUACAUCCCUGGUCUGAAGAUCAACGGCAUGGACGUCCUCGCCGUCAAGGCCGCCGUCAAGUACGGAAAGGAGUACUGCGCUGCCGGCAAGGGUCCCCUCGUCUACGAAUACGUCACCUACCGCUACGGAGGUCACUCCAUGUCCGACCCCGGAACCACCUACCGCACACGUGAGGAGAUCCAGCGCAUGCGCUCCACCCAGGACCCCAUCGCCGGUCUCAAGCAGAAGCUUCUCGACUGGGGUGUCACCACCGAGGAGGAGCUCAAGUCACUCGACAAGCAGGCACGCUCCGACGUCGACGCCGAGGUCGCCGAAGCCGAGGCCAUGCCCGUCCCCGAGCCUAACGGCAAGGUACUGUACGAGGACAUCUACGUCCGUGGCUCUGAGCCCGAGUUCCUCCGUGGCCGCGUCCCCGAGGAGAACUUCUACUACACCGAGCACGACAUGGGCGCGGAGAAGAAGUCCGUCGCCAGGACAUAGAGUGGUCAACGUGGAGUGGAGUAGAGCGCGGCAUGAGCGAGCUUGCAUAUGUGUAAUUCUAGGGUUUCGGGCGUGUUCGCCUCGUGAGGAUAGGCUUUCAAUUACAUAUCACCAUCUUCAAAGCGUUUGAGCUGUGACGUAUGGAGUCCACACUCCCGACACGCAUGCGCCGCGAACCCAUCAAAGCUCCAACAUGGACAUCUACAACAGCGGGGAGGCUCAAUUUGGGUAUCAAUUGUCGUUCGUUUAAAGAUAUCUUUGCCAG